UGACACCCAUGUCCCACGAGUGAAUUAAAAAAAGGGGAACAACAGUCGGAAAAAUAUACCGCGAAAAAUCCUCUUUAACCCCUAAAAAUAAAUUGAAACUGCCCAUGUGAUUAUACGGAGCAAAUUUUAUUUGUUAAUUUUUUUUACUGGUUUUAGCAUCAAGUGGAUUAAUUUAGAAAAUGGAAUUUCGUGCCCAGUCCCGGACAAUAGCCUUAUGACUUUAAAGUUGUCAAUAAUUUGACUGGGUUGGAAAUAGGCGGUAAACCAGAAAUACCUGGUUAGAAAGCCCCACACUGAUUUUGAAUUUUCUUAUAAAGGUUGGGCGGCAGGGUUGUCAAACUGAAAUGGGUGAACUGGGAGAAGGCAGGUUUGCACAUUAAGUGCAGCCGUUCCUCAUGUUGUAGGUGACACACCAGUCACCCCUCGUCUUUCCAAUCCCUCUAACCUCUGCUAAUGAACGUGAACUGGGAGAGUCCCUCCAGACUCGGGAAACCUUGGAAACGCAGGGGGGAGGAGGAGGAGGAGGAGAGGAGACGCAAUCGGGAAUUGGGCAGUUGGAUUGCAGAGUGCGUUGAGCUGGGUUUGAAUGGGAGACUCACACACAGACACAGAGCCCAAACCUAUCCAGGGAAACCGCGCAGGCACCCCGUCCAGGAUCAGCAACGCAACUUGUUGUUGGAGAGGCCAGUGUCGACAGUCACCAGCUCCCUGCGCCCACUUCCAAAAGUCUCUCUUUUGUAACCAUCACAAAGUGACACAGAAUGCGCCUGGAAUUCAGCGGCUGGUUGUUCGGGCUGCUCACUAUCCUCGCAAUCCUUCUUAUCCUGGCUGAUAUUUCCAAAGUGGAGAUGGAAUUCGGAUUUUCAAAUGGAAGGAUGGCAAUGAGACCAGCCAAGGAUGCUCUGCAGAAUAAAUGCUGUAGGGGAGAAAUAAGCACAAACACCUCAUCCACUGUACCCCAGGAGAGGACUGGGAGGAAGGAGAACGUCCAACCACAGGCAAAACUUCUUGAUAUUCCAGAAUGGAAGCAUAAUACAACGCUGACUGCAAGGAUAAGAAAAGACAUACUAAAGUUCCUGGAUGCAGAAAAAGACAUUUCGGUUCUGAAGGGCAAACUGAAGGCAGGGGAUAUUAUUCAUUAUAUAUUUGACAGGGACAGGACCCUGAAUAUAUCCCAUACUCUGUACGAGCUGCUACCAAGGACAUCACCAAUGAAAAAUAAGCAUUUCAAACAGUGUGCAAUUGUAGGAAAUUCUGGGAUUCUGCUCAAGAGUGGCUGUGGGCAAGAGAUUGACGCUCACCAAUUUGUAAUAAGAUGCAAUCUUGCCCCAGUGGAAGAGUAUGCACAAGACGUUGGUUUGAAGACCGAUUUAGUAACAAUGAACCCGUCAGUGGUGCAGCGUGCAUUCGAAGAUUUGAAGAAUGAGACGUGGAAGGAGAAACUGCUUCACCGGCUAAAAAUGUUGGACGGCGGAAUUCUCUGGAUCCCCGCGUUUAUGGCUAAGGGGGGAGAGGAGCGAGUAGAAUGGGUGAACAACCUCAUCGUAAAACAUAAGCUCCAUUUGCAAACCGCUUACCCCUCACUGAGGCUCUUACACGCUGUGCGAGGGUACUGGUUAACUAACAAGGUCCUGAUUAAACGCCCCACAACUGGCCUGUUGAUGUAUACCCUCGCCACUCGGUUCUGCGAUGAAAUCCAUCUCUACGGCUUCUGGCCCUUCCCUAAGGACCAAAAGGGAAAUGCGGUGAAAUACCACUAUUAUGACAGCCUGACGUACGAGUAUAACUCAAGGGCUACUCCACACACAAUGCCACUGGAGUUCAAGACACUACGGAAUAUGCAUCUCCAGGGAGCAUUGAAACUCCACGUUGGAGCCUGCAGAUUGACAACAUAAGACUAGCAAGAAGGUAGAGCGAGGGGGAAGACUUGUCUUUUGUGCCCAGUGCUGUGGCAUCAUCAAAGAAAAGGGAAGAUAAAAAGCCAGCCUCAUACAGAGGGAAUCAAUCACUCUGUGAUUGGCCUCUGGUGGACAAGCCAUCAACAUCUGGACACACUCCGAGAGCGUUAACAUAACAACGGGAACACAAACAUUUUGUUGUCAUUGAUGCAAGUCAGAAGGACCAACCUGAAGGUACGACCACAGGAUUGGACUCUUGCGAGCAAAAUGCAGCAAGGUUUCUUCAAAGAGCUUCAAAGAGCUGUUAAGAUAGAACCUGGUCAGAGCAGACACGAGUAUAGGAAACUUGAAAUAUAAACAAGUACGUUACGAGAAAUGUAAUUUUAUUUUGUCGGUGAAACUUGUGAGGGACUUCCAGGAAACGACAGUGAACACUCUCACCAACAAAUACAAUUUGAAGAAAAAUGAGAAAAGAGAAAUAAUUUGUUUAGUUUGAAUGUAUACUCAAAAAAUUCUGACACUUCGAUGUGAAGAACUAAAUCUCAACAACCUGCAAGUUUAAAUGAAAGAAAUGAAAAUUAGUCUUCAUUGCGUAAGAAGAAUUCAAGAGAAUGGUCCAAAAAUUGGAGUUUUAAGUGAUUAAUGCAAAUUUUCCAGAUCACUGUUAUGUGAAAUCUGCUAUUGACUAUUACAAAGGGUCUGCUGCUCUCUGUAAAAGACAUCUGUUGUUCUAUACAAUGGAUAUUGGCCACUAGACUGUGCUGUAAUUUACUGCAAUAUGGAGUCAGUUGUUCCUCCAGUGGAAAGAAUGCAGCUCUCUGUACCAGACAAGGACUGCAUUUCAAUAUUGCAAAGGGUCUGUAAUUGACUAUAGUACAGGAUUUGCAAUUCAGUAUAUUCUAGGGGCUGUAAUUCACUAUGACACAGUCUGUAAUUCAUUAUAUUACAGGGUCUUCAAUUCAACAUAUUACACAUAUGCAAUUCACAAAUUACAGGGUCUACAACAAAAUAGAGUUGGUUUUCUCUAUAGCUGUUUUUCAAUAUGAAGCAUUCUCUAAAAGACACGCAUUGCUGAUACUGCCAAUUCUUUGCAAUAUUCAGAGAAUGUAGUCUUCUCCGGAGUAUACCAUUCUCUAUAACAAGUGCAUAUGGGAUUUGCCAUUCCCAAGAUGACACGUGGAGUUUUCCAUUCUCUAUGCCACACUGUACAGAACAAUUGGCAGCUUUCAGACUGCCUCAUGAUGUUUCACUCUGAUUCUCUAUGGUUACCUCAGUAGCAUAACUACAGGUGCUUAUCUACAUGGGUCGAACAACAAACCGUUGUGGAGCAAACAUUUGGGUGCAACUACAUUUAAUGGUGUGGGAAAAAUUAGUAUUGGAACUAUCACAAGAAGGUGACAAAGGUUCUGAAAGCUUCCUUACAGUGGAAGUGGAAGGCAAUUCUGAAGUGGAUAAUUCAGUGGUGAGCUGACAGUAUACGCUGGAGCCGAUAUUCUCUUUAAUUUACCCAGGAUCUGCUGCUGUCCAUAAUAUACAAUUGGGCAGCUGUUCUUUAUAGGUUUGUUUCAAACAGCUGAGCUGAUAUUCUCUGCACUACACCCUUGGGCUGCUAGGCCAUUUUCCAUCAAAUACAAAGGUUUGCUGUUCCCUCAAAUAUACAGUAAAGUUGAUACUUUCUAUAACAUGCACUGAGCCUGAUUAUUUUGGCACUAAACUACUAGCACAAUAAAGCACAGCCCAUUUCACCAAUGCCAGUCUUUUGAAAAAGCUAUCCACUUUCUCAUAGCUCUGCACACAUUUUCCUUUCCAAGUGUUUCACCAGUUCUCUUUUAGAAGUUACUAUUGAAUCAGUUUCCACUAUCCUUUCAGGCAAUAUGUUCCAAAUCAAAACAGUUCGCUGCAUAAAAUUAGCUCCCAUUCAAUUCCUCUGGUUCUUUUACCAAUUCCCUUAUACACAUAGUUUUCUAUUCUCUACCAUAUGGUGAUCUAAUGAGCAAUUAUACAAAUGGCUGCACGGUCAGAGCUUAGAGUCAUAGAGAUGUACAGCAUGGAAACAGACCCUUUGGUCCACCCCGUCCAUGCCAACCAGAUAUCCC